AUGGCGAAAAAGAAAAUAGAAUUGUUCAUCAAUAUUGAUAACGAAAAAGAAUUUGAAUACAUGCUUGCUCAUAACUUGGAAAGGCUUAUAUGUGCUGAAUUGCAUUCCUCAUUUGCUGGACCAUGUACAGCUUUAGAUCAUCUAUUUGUCAAAAUUAAAUUAGACUGGGGAGACGGAAAGGUCGUUUUAUUAAGGGUGUGUGUCGAUGAAAUACAAUCCCUCAGUCGGUUUCAAUGUCAAAGCGAACCGGUGUUUUUGUUUAUUUUGAAUAACAAAAUAACCAGAGUUUUCCGAGGGGUUAAUAACAUUUUGUUUGCUGAAGUAGCUAAAAAGGAGAUCGAUUAUUAUAAUAAAGGAUUUGAAGGUCGCUUAGUAGAGAGACCAAGCUAUGACAUAGGUGAAGCGUCGCCAGAGGAACAGAAAUGGCUAAAGACACGUUUGUUGGAGAGACAAGAAGAAGAAAUGCUUGCGGUGACUCAAAGAAAUCAACGCCAAGCAGCUCGGAAACGUCACAGAGCUGAGCUAAUGGUGCCCCAUCUGAAGCAUAUCAACUUUGUCCUUUACUGGCCUCAUGCGAAACAUGCCCAUCCUGAAUUGUAUGAGAGAUGGGAUAUUAAUAAUAUAAUUAUGGUAGGUCGUGAAGAGAUUCAUUUGACCAAGGAAAUUGCGGAAGACGUACUCUAUGCUGGGGAUGCCCCGAUCAACGAAGCUUCUUUGCAUAUGUUACUAUCUGGUCCAUCACUUGCUAUUUGUUUCAGACUAUUGGACGAGGAUAAACAUUUUGUAUCCUUAGUGCGUAGAAUUCUUUAUGAGGAACUAGCACCGUUAGAUGAAUCCAAGUCAUUAAAUGAACAAUUCCCUAGAAAGACUGCAUUUGAUUUGUAUAAAACCUUCAGCCCUGCUAAGGAAGAUGUUUUGCGUAAGCGUCAUGAAGAUAAGUUGAAAAGAAGGGACGAAGCAUUAGAGAAAAGAGCAAGGCGACUGUCGGAGAUGCAACGCUUAGCGAGACAAGCUAUUGAAGACGCAAUCCAAGCUAAGCGAGCUCUACGGGAACAACAAAAGCUUCAGCUGCUUAAAGCUGGCAAUUUAUCAGCAUUGGAAAAGCUUCGCCAGGAACCUUUUGAUGAGAGAGUCGAUAUCGUCGUACCUGAGGAGCUUCCUGAAGAAGAAGAAAGUAGUGAGGAAGAAAAUUAUGAUGAAUAUUUUCCGCCAGCCGGACUUGUUAUACCAGGAUUCUAUUCACCGCCAAACGAUAUAGCUAAAGCGAAUGGCCUUGCUAUAUUAUUUCCAACCUUAGUAUCAGAAAAUGUGACUCCUGAACCGGAAUACCUUCCACCACACGUCUUAGUUAUGAUCGACAUGCCGAAGCGAUACAAAGCUAUCGAAACUAUGGCGAACUACAAGAAGGAAAUUAUACAUAUGGGAAUUUUCAAAGCAACUUGUCUUACCGAUGCUGUCCACAUUGCAUACAGCGUUAAGCAGUUUGAUAGCAAGCAAGGAAAUCAUGAUUUGGAGAGUUCGAAAUUAGCGUUCAUGGUGUCCGUUAAAUCAGACUUAGCGUUGCUAGAGCUAACAGAUUUGAUCCCGUUCCACGUCAGCCGUGACCCAACUGUUGGUGAAGUUGAAUGUGCGGCAUUAUUUUCCGUUGACUAUAGUGAUCAUUACAAUGAAUUUGAAGAUUUUGUGUAA